GAGAAAAACACCCAACAGCCGGAGCUGUUUGAAUCGCGUAAUGCGCACGUCUACUUCUCUGAAUUUUGUUUACACUUACUGAAAUGCAAAAAUAUAGUUUAAUUGUUACGAUUAGCUCCGGGAGAGCGUUCGUUGCUCUCUUUUCCGUGCUGUUUGUGCAUAUCUGUGGUUGUGUCUCCGAGGAAGAUGUGGUUUUGGAGAGAAACCAACUUUCCGAGCUGUACAGUAAGGGUGUAUUCAAACUGCAAAGUGUUCAGCAUCAGCGCUGUUUGAGCACAGGACAGUCUGGUUUGUUUUUGGAUGACUGUGAGAAACCCACCAAGGCCCUCUUGUGGAAGUGGGUCUCUCGGCACCGCCUCUUCAGUUUGGGCACCAAUCUGUGCCUUGGCAUCAACACCACAAACGGGCAACUGCAGCUGGGAAUGUUUGAGUGUGAUGUUUCCCUCCGAACCAUGUGGUGGCGCUGUAACGGGCGGUCAGUGUACGGAGCGUCUCAACUUAAGCUAACGGUGUCGGGUGAGGUGGUAGGUGUGAAACGUGUCAGCACCCAACAGUGGAUGAAGUACGAUUCAGCAGGGGAGGGGCCAUGUGCUUAUCCCUACGAAGAUAUCCACACUCUUCUAGGUAAUGCUCACGGCAUGUCCUGUGCUUUACCAUUUAAGUACAACAAUAAGUGGUACUGGGAGUGCACAGCGGAGGGAAGAGAGGACCAGCACCGCUGGUGUGCCACUACCAGUCGCUAUGACCAGGAUGAGAAGUGGGGUUUCUGCCCUAAUCCAGAAUCUGGCUGUGAGACAUUCUGGGAGAGUAAUCAAGAGCUGGGAGCAUGCUAUCAGUUUAAUCUGUACACUAUCUUGACAUGGAGUCAAGCACUCACCUCCUGCCAAGCACAGGGAGGCAGUCUUCUCUCCAUCACCCAUCUCUCAGAGCAGAAUUACAUCAGAGACAGACUGGCUGACUCUGGCGUUAUGGUCUGGAUUGGACUGAACCAUCUUGGUGAAGGAGAGGGGUGGCAGUGGUCUGAUGGCUCGCCCUUGGCCUUAAUCAACUUUACCUCAGGUCUGUCCCCCGGCCCUCGGCAUGCAAAUCUGCAGUGUGGGGUUUAUAAUUCGGGUUCAGGGGGACAACAGUGGCAGAGUUUGUCCUGUGAGUCUGCCUUGCCAUACAUCUGUAAGAAAAGUCCAAACAACAGCAGAAAGGCUGAACCACUUGACAACUGGCAGUAUCGGGAUACAGUCUGUCCAGAUGGUUGGCUAGACCAUAAUGGGAUCUGUUACAGGGUUCUGGAGGAGCCUAAGACCUGGGAGAAUUCUUCUAAUGCUUGCAAAGCACUUACAGCAGACCUGACUAGCAUCCACUCCCUCUCAGAACUUGAGUUGCUCCUGUCACUGCUCUCUAAUGUUUCCUCCCAAGAGAUUUGGAUUGGCCUGUAUAAACCAGCUGGUUCUCCAACUGUGGAAUGGUCGGACGGAUCCCUGGUAACCCUCACUCUCUGGCACCAGCAGGAACCUUCUCAUCGCCAUGGAAACACACAGAACUGCGUAAAAGCCAACAGAAAGGAUGGUACCUGGCUGUUGGCAGAAUGUGAUGAGAGGCUCCCGGCUGUGUGUCAGACAUCUGGGCUGAUUCCACUGCAUCCAACUGGAGAGCGAGACCAGGGAUGUCCAGAGGGCUGGAAAAGGAAAGGUCACUCGUGCUACACAAUCACCAGUCGAGAACAGACUUUUCAGGACGCCUCAAAGGGUUAUUACUGCAAGGCACCACUUGUCAACAUAGAAAACAGAUUCGAACAAGCCUUUUUGAACAGUCUCAUAAAUGAAUUGGGCGGUUCUGAUUCCCAGUACUAUUGGACCGCUCUUCAGGACCAGGACAACAAAGGAGAAUAUCAGUGGUUGACCCAAAAUGGGUCCCUAAUACCCGCAACUUACACCAACUGGAACCGACACCAACCCGUAAGUGCAGGAGGCUGUGUGGUGAUGACAGGAGGACAGGUUCUAGGUCACUGGGAGGUGAAGAACUGCAAGUCCCACAAGGCUUUGUCAGUGUGUAAACAAACUGUCAGCGGUUUCCACGAUGACCUGAUACCCUUGCCUCACAUAGACUCAUUUGCCCCCUGCCCCAAAGGAUGGGAGUCCCACCCUGGUCUGCUGCACUGCUAUAAGGUGUACCACAGUGAGAAGGUUCUGAUGAAGCGGAGCUGGACCGAAGCAGACUGGUUCUGUCAAGCUCUCGGUGCAGCGCUCGCCAGCUUCCACCAUUAUGAAGAUCAAAUCUUCAUCCAAAAACUCCUCACCACCAUGUUUAAUAGUACAGAGGGUCGCUGGUUCUGGGUUGGACUCAAUAAGAGAGAUCCCAAGUCUGCUGGAGCCUGGGAAUGGUCUGAUGGCACACCGGUGGUGGCCUCCUUUAUAGAGGAUAAGAGUGAUGACGACGAGUCUCAUAGCUGUGCAAUGUACAGCGAUCUGACUAACACUCUCACUCCACAACCCUGUAACAAUAAACACGAGUGGAUCUGCAAAGUCCCCAGAGGCGUUGAGCUAACUCACCCUUACUGGUACAACAACCAGAAUGAGCCCUGGGUGUUCUACCGUGGAGCGGAAUAUUUUCUAGCCAAUCAGCCGUUCCCAUGGGAGUCUGUGUCCUUUGCCUGCAGUAUAAUGGGAGCAGAUCUACUGUCCAUCCACUCUAAAGAGGAGCUGAACUUUAUCAGAGAACGCAUGGGGAAGCUUCCUCAGGGCUCUACUGAAUGGUGGAUUGGGCUUGCUGCAAACAGUGGGACCAAUGCAUUCAGGUGGACUGAUGGCACUCCUUUCGAUUAUGAGAACUGGUCAAAAGAAAUAUCAAACAAAGCUCCUCAACAGAAGUGUGUCUAUAUGUCCUCUGUGUCAGGGGAGUGGUCGCCUGGUAGUUGCGCGGACCUCCACGGUUACGUGUGCAAGCGUAGAACAGUAUCAGUGGUCGAGAUUCCCAGAGAGCCUCACUUCAUCGGUGGCUGCCCUGAAAACUGGUUCUACUUUGGCCACAAGUGUCUCCUGCUGCAUCUCCCAGCACGGCCAGAGGAGGGAAAGAGCUGGAGAGAUGCUGAGUCCAUCUGCUCCAACUUCCAUGGUUCACUGGUGGCCAUCGAGAGCGAGAUAGAACAAGCAUACAUCACCAUGCUGCUCCACGGUUCAUCAGCAGGGGUUUGGAUUGGUCUUCGGGAUGAGGAUACCAUGAAAUGGACCAAUGGGAAGCCAGUAACCUACACUAAUUGGUCUCCAAUAGAACCAAAGAACUAUUUAACUCAGGAAGACUGGCUGAGUGAACACAACAUUGGGCAUGAGCCUUUCUGCACAGUUCUCUCUAACAAUCACAACUUUCACUUCACUGGAAAGUGGUAUGAUGAGAAGUGCACAGAGACUGGCUAUGGUUUUGUGUGCCAGAAACCACAAGACCCAUCUAAACGCCCAUCCCACUCAUAUCCCUACCCUUCCUUGGACAGCUCGGAGUAUAGGAACCGCAGUUACAGAGUUGUCCAUGGCAACAUGAGCUGGUAUGAGGCACUGAACAAAUGCUCAGAGAAGGAGGCGGAGCUUGUGAGCAUCACAGACCCGUUCCACCAGGCCUACCUCACCGUCCUUGUCAACAGACUGGAUUCUCCUCACUGGAUCGGCCUUUACAGCCAAGACGAAGGUAUUAACUACCAGUGGUCAGAUGGCAGUGACACAGUAUACAGUCACUGGGAUCCUACGGAUGCUGAUGAUGAUGAGGAUUUCAUGGUGGGGGACUGCGUGUACAUGGAUGUCAGCGGUAGCUGGAGGAGAGCGGACUGUGGCAGGCCGCUGCCUGGAGCUCUCUGCCACGUGCCCCCUCCCAAGAGCAACGUGAUCUCCUACGACGUGGUCUGUCCGUCGACCUGGGUGAAGUUUCGCGGGAGCUGCUACAACUUUGAACCAGUCGUGCAGAGACAGAGCCUUGAGGCAGCCAGAGAUCACUGCAGACAAAAAGCCAAUUCCUCUGACGUGUUGACAAUCAGGGAUGAGGAGGAGAAUCGUUUUGUGCUGGAGCAGUUGGGAUCAUAUGGUUUCCCACAUCAGAUGGUUUGGCUUGGCAUUCUCUACAACACGGACAGUGAUGUCUUGACGUGGCAGGACGGUGCAGUGCUUGACUACACAAACUGGCACUUCAAGGCCCCAGACACAAACCUCGUGAAGGUUGACACGUGCGUGGCGACCCGGGUGUCGGAUGGUGUGUGGCAUCUUAUGCCCUGCACUGACCCCCUUGGCUUUGUCUGCAAGACCAGCACAGAUUCUGCAACAGAUGUGGAGGUACAACCUCUGAAUGGUUUACACCACGGUGUUGUCCCAGCAGCUGUGUUAGUUGCCAUGCUGUUCUUUGCGGUGCUCACUGGAUCCCUUUGGUUUAUGUUUAAGAGAAGCUCCAGACGCUUCCAGAGGCUUCCAUCACUUGGAAACGCCUACUACAGACAGACAGGCUCUCAAGCCUCAGACUCAGAUGGGCAUGUUCUCAUUGCAGAUGCAGAGACUCAAGCAGGUGAAUAGUUUGUGUGCGUGUGUGUGUGCGUGUGUGCGUAUGAGUGUGUGUGUGUGUGUGAGGGUGUGUGUCUUCAGUCAGAGAAGGACUUUAGUGGGACCUAAAUCCAUAAAUAUAGAAUCAAGACUCAUCUUCAAAUGGUCCUUAUUGCUGUGGUGGACUAGAGACAGUGAGAAUGUGCAUGUGAAGGUCUUAUGUAGUCUUAACAGUCACGACAAAGAUGGUAUAUAAGGGAUUAAUCCCACAUGAAGUAAGGUAUGGGAUGUAGGCUUACACACCAGAGAGUCCACGAUCAAAGAAUGAAUGUUAAAUCACCAAAGCAAUGAAAAAAUUCAAAGAGCAACUGUAAAUCUCUCGUUUCCAUUCCAGAGCCAUCAGUAUUUAAAACACAUCUUUACCAUAGUACUGCUAAGUCUACUGUUCACAUUGAAUUCUGGACCUCCUUUAUUGAAAGUCUUUUAUUAUUAAAUGGGCACUUUAUUCAUCUGAAUUCCUCAGUGCUAUAACUU